UAUAGUAGCGCAACUUGACAAUAGGGGACAAAUGGGAGAAACAAUGCGGAUGCAAUUCUAUUUCACAUUGCUUUGUUUGUGGCUGAAGAAAGAUUCUGUGAGCUGCAUGGGGCCCUCUGAGUUACGUUUCGUUGCUUUGGGGGACUCUGUAACAUUAAAAUGCUCUUACAACUGCUCCACUGGGUUUGUUUGGGGCUGUUGGAGCAAAGCGUCUGUCUCGUCCGACUGCUUAGGAGAAAGAAGCAAGGACAAAGACAACUUCUGCACAGUCGCUCUUAUUCUGGGCAAUGUUUCCGCCGAAGAUCUGAAGUACCACUACUCCUGCUACACACAAGCAAGAGAUCACCCUGACCUUAAACAAAAAACAGAGCAUGUCGUGAUUCUAAAAGCUCAUACAACUGCCGUAACCUGGACAGUUCCUCCAAGUACUAAAAAUGGGAAACUUGCAGAAAUCCACGUUCUGACGACCUUUUCACUGGCGGUGGUCGUGGCGUUGAUUGCGCUGGCGGUUUUCAUAUGUGUGAACCACAACAGAUGCCGCGGCAACGGAGAUGAUGCUGUCUCCAGAUCAGGCUCACCACUGCAUUCCCAAGUUGUCUUCUCGCCAGUGAAUGAUACAGACCAGGGUCAAACUGAGGUUCCAUAUGCUGACAUAAUGAUUGCCGUGAGAGGUGUCAGUACACCUGAGCUCACUCAGGUCAACUACUUGACGACAGAAGAGCCACGACAGUGGCGAGGAUGCGAAUCGAGGGGUCACUUGCAAGCCUCGCGCUCGGCCGACAGACUUCACCUGCCACAGCCCAGAGAGGUCAGCCGCAAGAUGAGCAGCAAUUCCGAGUACGCGGUCAUUAUGUACGCCUGACCUGCUGGAAGAGGAGAGAAAAAGAAAAACAACAGCGGGUACUCGGUGUCUUCUGUUCCUGUUCCUGCACAUUUACAGUAAAAUAAAGGGGAGGGAAAGAUUUAAUGUAAAAAUAUUACCGAGUAUAAUGGUUAUGGUUUGUUUUAUUUUGAAAGUUACGUUCAAGAACACCACAUGUUUCACAGUCAUCCCUCGCCACAUUGCACUUCAAAUACAGCGGUUUCACCUCAUCACGGAUUUUUGGGGGAUAUUUUUUUGUUUUCUAAAAGCAUAUUCAAUAACUUUUAGGGCCUUUAUUAAGCAUGACAAUUGUGAUAAUAGCUAAAUACCAAAAAAUAUCAAUACCCCAGUAUGUCCGCCACGAGAGAAGACCAAACCAAUCAUAGCGCACUGUUCAGUAUUGCAGCCACUGAUUGGCUCAGCGUCAGGCAGCGUUGCCAUAUUGAAUUAAAAGAAUGCAAAGAUAACUAAAGGGUAAUAUCUCAUGUCAUGAAAGCCCUAUUUAGAAGGUCGUAAACAGUUGUAUUAUGUUCUAACGAGGAAAAUAGUUCAUUUAUAAUGAAUGAUUCCUACUUUUUGUUUAUCACGGUAUCAUGUCUGGAUACAUUUAACAGCAAUAAAUGAUGUGGGAUAACAGUACAUGUCUUAUUUAAUAUGUCCCAACGUUCACAUGUCCCAGCAAUUACUAAUUGUCUGUUGCACUUCAUGUGUUUAACAUAUACCGGGUGACCAUUUCCUAAUUGGGAAAGUUGAGUUAAUAGACAGCUUAAACAGUGGUGAAAUUAAUGAUGAAAAAUAAUUAACCAAAUUGUCUAAGUUUGUCUAAGUCUAAGUCUAAGAAUACAUGAGUGAAAAGUUCCAUAUACUUUGUAAACACCAUAUAUUUGUACUGUGUCUGCCUCAUAUCAGUACGUUGUGUAAGUACCUUGCUCUUUGAGGUCCAAAAUUGGUUAAAGUUAUGGUUUAAGUUUAUUUCGAACAUGCGUACAGUUAAAAUGUGAAACAUCAUAUAAUUUACAUAUUCUAAUUUCUCUUUACAACAUGUCCGAAAAGGAGUAGAAAGAAGCAAAGCUUAUUUAAUCCUACCCCCUUUUCAAUGUAUAGCAAUUAAUAACACUUUUGUUCACUUUCUGUUUUUAUCUUGUGACAGUUUAC